AUGGCUGUCAAUCGCUAUGCCUACAAUGGUCCAAUUGACCAUACCAUUGCACCAAAACUCGAAAACAUUCAAGCCAAGUCGGUAGUCAUCACAGGAGGUGCCAAUGGAAUGGGUGAAGCUUUUGUACGAGACUUUGUCGCUGCUGGUGCCUGGGUGACAUUCGCCGAUGUCAACGAAGAGCGCGGCAAAGCAGUUGAAGCCGAGCUCAACGCCGACGGCCAAAAAUGUGUAUUCGUCAAAUGCGACAUCAGAGACUGGGAUCAGCAAAAAGCAAUGUUCGAGAGGGCGAAAAGCCAGAGCCCAAGUAAUUCUGUUGAUGUUGUCAUCGCAAAUGCUGGCAUUUCUCGAAGUUCGGGGGACAGUCUAUGGAAUCUUGAUGACCCUAACGGUGAACCAACCAAACCUGACUUAAACAUUGUUCGUGUCAACAUAGACGGCACGUUUUACACCUGGAAACUUGCGGUUCAUUAUUUUCGCCAGCAACCGGUCAGCGAAGAACGGGACCGUUGUUUUAUUAUCACAGGUUCGAUGGUAGCUUGGAUUGACAGUCCAGGUAACUGGGAAUAUACUGCAACGAAAUAUGCCUUGAGAGGCUUCAUGAGAACCGUCCGAAGAUCAAGCCACGAGCAGUCAAUCCGCAUAAACUACGUCGCACCCUGUUGGAUCAAGAGCGCUAUUCGAACCGCCGAGUACGAAAAGUGGCUGGUGGACCGCGGUGUGGAGUUUGGUGAACAGAAGGAUGUUUCCAGCUGCAUGUUGAGAAUUGCAACUGAUAGGAGCAUCAACGGUCGUUCAUUGAUGAUCACGCCUCGUUCCAUCGCAAAAGAGGGUUUCGUUGAUAUCGACAGAGAGGACUAUAAGGACACACCAGAAGACGAGUAUCUGAAAAAGUUCCGAGAGAUAUACGAACUAGAAGGCCUAUACUAA